CUGGACAUAGCGCGACAUGGGUGCAUCCCAAAGUGAACCGUCGAACCCUACCAAGGCGGACCUGGUAGCCAAGAUUAAGGCCCGUAUGGAGACUGUCGACCCUGCUAAGGCGAAGGAGCUUGGAGGCGUCUUCCUCUUCAAUAUCAUCAAAGGCACUUCUGUAUAUUCUUGGACCCUGGAUUUGAACAACGUGACGGCAUACGAAGGCGCGCCGGACGGCGACCCAGACACGACAUUCACCCUCAACGAACAUUACUUCAAGAUGCUCAUCCAGGGUCGAGAGGAGCCGCGCGCCAUCAUGCAGGCGGGACGAUGCUCUGUCACUGGAGAUAUCAUGCGAGCUAUGAAGCUCGAACCUUAUAUUAAGCUGGACUGAACACUCGAGUUGGGGUAAAUCCUCGAGCUCCUUA